UUUAUUUUUAUGCGAAUGCGAGGCGGGAGACGACGACAAUGCGGAGCGGUAAAGUGUUGAGAACUGGAUACACUCAUACACACUUGCACACACAAACACACUCAUACACACACACACUCAUACACACACACACACCACCCAUUCACUCAACUCUGUGUUUGGCGCCAUGCGGUGGGGCCAACUAGCAUUUUCUUUUAGUUCUUUUGUGUGGCUAACAACGUGCGGUUCGCUUUUGCGGUCGGUUGGCCAACUUAAAUACAUCAAGCUAAACGCUAAAACGAAACUAAACGAAAUAAAUAGCGGACGAAAAUUGAUUUUUCGCAAUUUUUGUUCGCACUAGUCCUUGGUAGUCCGUAGUCCAUGUCCUUUCUAUCGCCCACAUUACGCUUGGAAAAUCUUUCGACACAACCCAUCAUGACGCAGGAUCAUUUGCCGGAGGCCAAACGCUAUAAUAAACAGAAUAUAGUUGCCCAAUGGUGUACACCCAUCAAUGGAAAGAUGUAUCGCAUAGAGUUAGAACAUGGCACCACCAGUGGGAGGCGCAUGAUUUGGGUCAAUGGUCGGGAAGUUUUACGACGCGAUUGGAUGUUCAAAUUGGUGGGCGAAGACACUUUUCACAUCGAUCAAGCACGUUGCAUAAUACGUGUGGAUCCUGCUCCAGGUUUUAAAUAUGAAUAUACCCUGCAUAUCGAUGGCAAGUCACAUGAUCAAUACACCGAAGAGGUGACACGCCAAUAUAGGCUAUGGUUAAGCACUUGCGGUGAUCAGGAAUAUCGUAUAAUGCUCAAAUUGGAUACGCUCAGUCUAUAUGUCAAUGAUGAACUCAGACAAGAAGAGUCAGUCUUUGUCGAGGAUGGCACAGAUACGAAAUUUAUGCUACAGGACACCGAAUUCAUACUGCAAGCACGCUCCAGUGGCAACAAACACGAUGGAAUCGUUCAUAGUUUGCUGGCCAAUGGUGAACUAGUGCCCGAGGCGAAAAUCCAACAGUUUAUGCAGGAGCCCGUGUCCAUUUUGCAGACGAAUUGAAUGAUUUGUACAAAAAAUUAGAAAUGUAAACCAUUUUAGAGCAAUGUUUUUGUCUUAUACAAUAAGUUUAUUCGUUUAUGCAUAAAUUGUAACGAAAGUGUUGUUGCAAUUUUUUUGUUUUUUUGUAUUUUGACAUUUUUAGUGCACAAG